GUUCCAUCAUGUUGGCAUCAUGGAAACUGCUUUUCAGCCUCUUUUUAGUGGAACUAUGUGGCACUAGUGCUGCAUCGCAGGUUGAAGUCUAUGCAUACACCGGAGGAGACGCCAAAGUGUCCUGCUCAUACCCAGCGGGCUAUGAGACUUAUGAAAAGUACCUAUGCACUGAAGCUUGUACAGAUAAUGACGUUCUGGUUAAAACCACAAAGCAGACAGCGACUAGAUACUCCACAAGUGACCAUCAGCAAACACAAAUAUUUACUGUGACUAUUUCAAGUGUCCAGAUGUCUGAUGCUGGAAACUACUGGUGUGGGGUGAGCAGAUCAGGGAAGGAUAUCUACACCUCAGUGACCGUCCACGUUAAAUCAAAUGAUUGUUGUGACAGUGUCCGUAACAUCCUGGGGUAUGAGGGCAACAAUGUGUCCAUAAGCUGUCCACCUCAAAAUGACAACAGUUUUAAAUACAUGUGCAAAGGAUCGCAGCCCUCCGCAUGUCGCAAACAGGCGCUUGUCACAACCAGCAAGACACAAAAUGGACAGUUCAGACUCAGGGAAUCCGAGAGUGAGUUCACAGUGGAGCUUUCUGCUGUCACCAAACAAGAUGCUGGAUCAUAUCUGUGUGGGGUCGAGAGAAGCAAUGCCUUUGAUGUUUUUUCUCGUGUUGACUUGACAGUGAAAGAAUGGUGCUGUGUGACUCCACAUGAUGUUGAGGGUUUUCUGGGGCAGUCGGUGACCCUGCAGUGCCCAUAUCCUGAUGAACAUCGUCCCAACACAAAGUUUCUGUGUAAAGGCGAUAAACGAACCACGUGUCAAACUGUCGUGAGCAGCAGAGAGCGUAAAGACAGGUUCAGACUGCAGGACACACGGUCUUCCAGCUCCUUCUCUGUCACUAUAACAGGGCUCACACAGAACGACGCAGGGGCCUACUGGUGUGGCUCUGACUCACAGUGGACCGCUGAGAAAAACUACAGCAGAAUCCAGCUGACUCUGAAUGGUGGUACUAUGAGUUUGCGUAUUAUUUUGUAUGUGGUGCCUGGAUUAUUGCUGAUACUGGUAGUAGUGACUUCUGUCAUCGUGUACAAAUACUCAUGUCUCAGAACACAAGAUGAAAGAGAAAGUAACAAGAUCAGGUCUGCAAAAGAGGAAAUUAGUAUCAAUGAGGUCUAUUCUAACCAUGCUCCAUCAAAGGUUAAGAAGUUUCACCGUGGUGAUGACUGGUGUGUGCCCCAGGACGAGACCUUGUAUGAAAACUUUAGUAAUGUCCCCAUCUACGGUAACUGUUAAAACAAAUGUACAAAACAGAUUAGUUAUAUCAACACAAAUUACAUAGAUAAUAUAAUUAUGUACAAAGACUAUUAUUAUAUUUCGUAUGUUUUUUUCUAAAGUAUGUGACAUGUUAAAAAAAUACACCACUGUGCAUGUAAGUCAUAUUUUUUCUAUAUUUUGUGUCCUUUCCAACUUCAGUGUUUUGCUUGUUUUUGCUUGUGUUUGUUAAACAUGAACAUGGUGAAUAUUGCAUGUAGGCUGAAGGUGUAACAAUGGGCUUUGGUGUACCAUGAUUUCCUGCCUAGAAAUGAAUCGGGUGUUUGCAGUGAACUUAAAAAAAACUUUGUGAAACCUUGUCACAUAAACAGACGCACAAAAGCAGAACAACGUCGGCCUAUCUAAAAUAGAAUGAGAAGAUGCAGAACUGAAAGCCUGAGUGCUGAUGCUUGUAAAUGUUGAACUGUAAUAAUGGUAAGUAAGUAAUUUGCUGAAAAGUGAUGGAACUGUAGUUAAAACCAGUUCUAUUAAACUAUGCUAUUAAG